CCAUGGUUUGCAAGGACGAGGUGUGUCUGUGGUUUAAGGACAAUGAGCCGCACCGCCGCCUCGAGCUGCUGUGCGGCCUGCUCAACAUGUGUCUGCCGCUCGAGCUCAGGUUCGUGGCCUCCUGCGUCGAGGACCUGGCCAAGCGCGACAGCCACGACCUCAGGGAGGCCCACUACAAGGCCAACAACCUGCACGAGGUCGCCAAGCUGGAGAACCUGCUGGACGAGCGGACGCGCAGCAAGGCCAUCGUGUUCAUCGCGCUGCUCACCGCCAGGAACCACACCUGCUCCAGCCGCCUCUUCCAGGCCGUGGCGGGCGCCCAGCAGGGGCCCGGCCCCGCCGGGCCCGCCGCAGGGGCCCGAGCGCCCGGGGGGGGCGCAGGGGCCCGCCGCCUACGACGCCGACUACGUGAAGGAGAUGCUGCUCAUCUACACGAUGGUGCUGCACCACCCGGCCUUCACCUUCGAGCAGAAGCGCAUCAUCGCGGAGCUGCACACGGCCACCCUCAGGCUGGAGGAGCAGCUGUGCCAGGUGCUCUCCCAGUCGUGUGCCACCGCUGCCGAGGCUUGUGACAGCGGGCUAAGCGUUGGGACAGAGCCAGACGGAGACACGGUGUCCGAUGGCUCUGGACUGCUACCCACCCCAGGUCCCCCACUUCAUUUCCAUCAGCACCACAAUCCUACGUUGAGACCAGGUGUCCCCAGCCAUAAUGCAUCGCAGACAGCUGAGGAAGGUGGUGGGAGUCAGGAUGCCUGCAGUAGUGGCAGUGGAGAAUCUAGUGAACUGUAUAAUGAAGGGGGAACUGUGCCUACCACCUAUAUUUACAAUUCCAAUAUCUUAGAUCAACAGAGUUUUGUUGCCCUAAACAACAACCUGUUAACCAUGAAUCCAGGAUAUCCGUGCAACCAUCAGAGCAGCUUCCACUACUACACUUACCCUCAGGUGGUGGAUGCCUUACCUGCCUCUAUACCCGGGGCAAGGGGGGCACCUUCUGAAGGCUCAAGCAGUGAGGAUGGUGCCAUAAGCACGGCCCAUGCUGGCCCACCAGCCACGGCCUCUCCUCUCAGCUCUGCUCAGUCUUCACCUUAUGCCUCCCCUCUGCAGUCCCUCAGUCCAAGUCGUGCCUCGUCACCCUGGUCAAGGCCUGAGUAGCUAAUUUACCUCUUACUAUAACAUCCUCAACCACGACCACAUCCAAGUGUGCCGUGUUGUCUAUUCACUCCAGUCCAAGGAUAGCUCAUAAAUACUCACCAUGUGUCACUCAGACCACUUCUCCAGUGAUGGCUGGCAACAGUAGUCCUGUCACACAUUCUGGGACCAUUUCUACAGCUCAGACUCACCGUGGAAAGCCCCCUGCAGCUGGUAACCGGCCACAGAGACAAGCGGAUCGCUCUGGAUCCCGGACAAGAUUACCUGUGGCUUCCACGGUGGAUACUGGAGUGGGCGUUGGAAGUCAGAAUAGUCCAUCUGCUAAUCGCAGCAUAGUCCAGACCUCACCCUCAGUGUGCAGCAGUAAUGGGCAUAGCAAGAGUUCUUCCUCUAGAUGGUCGACAAGCAUGUCAACGUCAACAACUCCAUCUACCUCUUCCCAGUGUGUUGUAACUACUACAACUUCCAGUGUGAGAAGUGUUAGUAGACAGAACAGCCAGAGUCCCUGUCCCACGUCGGGUGCCACCACAACUUGCAAAUCCCAGACCACCUCUACUGUCAUAGCCAGCUCUUCGUCAUUCAAGACCAACAGCAGCCAUACAAUAAGUGGAGCAACAACGUCCCUAACUUCUACUUCCACCACUGCCACCACAACAAGAAACACAUCAUCACCAGUCGUCCAAGAGAAAAUUGUCCACACCAUUGGUAACAGUUCAGGGAUAAGACCACCACCACCGUCAACAGCAAGUUCUAGUUCUGUAAUGAAUACUUCCAACUCAGAAAACUCUGCCGUUAAUAAUAACAGUUGCCUCAACUAUGAAUUUUGCAAGAAUGAGAAAUUGAACAAGUACUAUCAGCGCCUGUCGGAAUAUUCAGUUGAUAAGUUAAAACGGAUGACAGACCGUGAACUCCUAGAUUUAGGGCUGACAAAAAGUGCCCUGACAAAGCUACGGCGUGUCCUGGCUGGUUUAGAAUCCCCUGAUUACCACUGCCCAAAUGGCUUUACCAGUCCGCCAGCUACCCCACAUGCGCACUCAUUACCCCAGGCAAACCAUACAUCUUUCAGUCAGUCAGAUAAUGCCACACAAAAUCAAAUGAUUAUGCCUAAUGUUAACCAGAGCAGUUUACAAAGUCAACCCAGUUCAGUGCACAAUCCUCCUAUCACCACCAUCACCUCCAACAGUACACACAAUGUGCACACGACACACACUUCAAAUGCCACACACUCAGCACUGCAGAGCCAAACACAAAAUCAUGGAAAGACUUUUCAAAACACGAAUAUGGACCACCCUGUAAAUGGAAUAUCUGAACGACAGAAUGGCUCUCCCCCCAACACCACUCUGACUGGAAUCUGAAGUGCCAUCAUCUUCCCUGAGCACCACCACCUCUGGUGCUGUCACUGUGGUAACUAUCACAUGCGCCAGCCUUGUAUCCCCAGCUGUUUCUCUUACUAGCAUUGCUGCAACAGCAAGCACUUCUGCCUCCCCAGCUGCAGCAACACAAGUCACUCAAUGCCAUACAGUUACAAUUCCACCAAGUCAGAAAUUACCCAGUGUUUCACAACCACCACCAUUUUCCUCAUGUAGUGGAAGUUCCGCUACACCUGUAAUCACUGCAGCUAUGAACGUACAGAGUUCUCAUUCAAACUGUAGCUCUGCCAUACCUUCCACUACCUCUCAUCCCACAUCUGCUGUGCCUACUUCUGUCUCAGCCACUAACUGUGUUCCUCACUACAUGACAACUCCACCUCCGUGCAUCCAGCUGAAGACUCCACCACUAUCAGGUGGCUCCAGUCAACACCACAUAGCUACUCAGCCUCAGCAUGGCCAGCUUAGAACACCCCCACCUCCGCUGUGUGUUCCUCCCCGCACACCUUCGCGAGAACCAGCUACUCCAAGCACAAGCAAUGGGCUCAAUAUCAGUAAUGGAUCCCAGCAGGCCUUCUACACUAGCAACAAUGGACCAGGUGUAAAGAGUGGUGCAGCUGCCAGUUGUAGUAUUGCAGGACCCACGCCAUCCUUACCUGGGAGUAUAACUGGUUACAGCAACCCGGUAGGCAUGCACACCUCAUCUGGGAAUAUGCCGCAUCCUGCCUACACUUCUGCAGCAACUGUAGCUUAUACUGUAGCCAAUAAUAUGAACAUGCCUGUUUAUACAUCUUCUGGGAACAUGGGUGUUCCCCCACCCACUAAUGGAGGGCUGAUGCCUAUGGUACCUCCAGGAAGUUCAUAUCCAACCACCUACUUGUACCCACUACUAGGGGGGCCUGCAGGCUCACAUACCUAUGUUCCUCCGGGGUCUUAUGCUGCCCAGCAUCCCCAUAGACCUGUUUAUAUAUCACAUAUGCAGCCAAUGGGUCAUGUAGCCCACAUGAAGCCCACACAUCAACCAGGAGGACAUGUAGGCACUGGGGGUGGCAGUAGAGGUGGAGUACGAGGAUUCAACAAGGUCGGGCAGAGGGGCCACGGUCCAAUCAAAGGUGGCACAAGGUCGUCGGACUCUUCUCCUUCAUCCUCGCAAUAUUCAUCCCCACCACAGACACCUAGUCCAGAUCAUACACGUGAGACAGAUAAACGAGGUAAAAAUGAUGGAACUGAACCUGGGGAAGCAGGGGAAACUGCAGGAUUAAUAGGGUCAGGUGCUAGUGAAGAAGGAACUCCACCCCCAUUGCACCAUCCCCCAAAUCCUGUCCUGAUGCCUCCCCACACUGGCCUGGCACAACCCCGUUAUGUGCAGUACCAGCAACUAAGCUACAUGGGUUUUCACCAGACAGGUAUAAGGUAUCAGGGUUUGCCCUUGUCAGCCCAGACACACGUGGUGGCUCCUAGAAAUCCUCUUCCGCUGAAUGGGGACAAGUCCAGCCGUGAGACUACGCCCCCCGCACCAGUUUCCUUACCACUGGUUCAGCAAGAUCCACAGUGCUGUAUACGAUCUACUGACACUAACGUUGCCCCGACCACAUCAGCUGGAGGGAGUCAUGGGCGUAAUGGUGGCUCUCCUCACACAGUGCCCUCCCACCCAGAUGGUUCUUUGCCUCCUGUAGCUCUCACCCCUGUCCCAAGUAUUGCCUCAGCCACCACGGCCCAAGUACCUCCUGGUAACUUGUGUUCUGGAGCAAGACAUAGUAAUGUACAGUACAAUGCCCCAAGUUACCCAGUGCUCAUGGGUACACACAUGUUUCCUCAUCUACCAGGAUUUAUGUCAGCCCAUAGCUCUGCUCUGUCAAAUGGCUUUGUAUCCCCUUCAUUACCUCCUAACAUAGCCUUUCCCCCAAUGGGCAAUGGAAUGAAUGCAGAAUUUGGUGUAUAUGGAGGUCAGUAUCCGGUGUUAGGAGGUAACUCUCAACCGGGCACUGCUUGUGGAACCCCAAAUGUGAUGGGCCCCCCAUCUACCCCGGGCCCAGGCCUUGCUGCAGGGCUGCCGUACCCUCACCACUAUGUCCUGCCCCACACACCCAAUCCGUCCGCCGGUGCAAAGAAGACUUGCUACAACUGUGGGCAGGUGGGUCACCGCGGUGCUGAAUGCAAGGAGGCAAACAUAGAGGAAAUGUGCAAACGUACCAAAGACCGUCCGGUCUGAGUACAAAAUAUCAUGGUGCAAUAAUAAAAACACAGCCACCCAUUAUGCCAGCACUGUGGAACAGAACUCUCAGCACAACUGACAAAGCUACCUUAGGUCAAGGGCUGAAAAUUGUGUGUUGAUAGUCAUCAUCAUUUGCAGUUUUGAGCAUCAAGCUGACUGUGGUUUUAAAGUAAAUGUUGUUUUACUUACAUAGACUAGUCCAUGACGAAUGCAGAUGUAAGAGUGGUCAUGUUAUUGGUCAAUCUAGUGCCAACAAUUUUCCUAUCAAAACUCAUAUUAUUUCAUCUGAUAGGGUUAUAGUUAGGAAUGAUGGUUGAUAUAAGUAUGCAGCUGAAUUAUUUUUCAACAGUGAGAAGUUUAUAGUUCUGAAAUGAAUUUUUAUUUAUUGAAGAUUAAAAGGAAUAUGUUAAGUAUUGUGUAUGUUAACACUAUUUGUGAUUAUUGAUGAGUAUGUAGUCAGUGAGUAUUCAGGAGGCCAAAGAAGUGACAGAAGAUGAUGGAUAAGGCCAGUGAUAUUUAUUGUUUAGCUCGUGGGAGAUAAUUCUGUCAAGGACAGGAAAAUCUGUUGCAUUAGUGUCAUUAAAUUUAUUAUAAAUCAC